AUGGGGCAAUUGAAAUUCAUACUUUGUGGCUUUUGGCCCCUUGUUGUCCCUUCCUCUUUGCCCCCAGCUGUGCUGCACGCCCGCUGCUACUCUCAUGGGUCCCAAGAGUCAGACGAAGAAUUCGACGCCCGCUGGGUGACGUAUUUCAACAAGCCAGAUAUUGAUGCCUGGGAGCUGAGGAAAGGCAUAAACACCCUGGUGGGCUAUGACCUGGUUCCAGAGCCCAAGAUCAUUGACGCGGCUCUGCGGGCCUGCCGGCGGCUGAACGACUUCGCCAGCGCUGUCCGCAUCUUGGAGGUGGUUAAGGACAAGGCAGGACCUCACAAGGAAAUCUAUCCAUACGUUAUCCAGGAGCUUAGACCAACUUUGAGUGAACUGGGCAUCUCCACUCCAGAGGAACUGGGGCUGGACAAAGCAUAAACCUUCUUGGU